UGCCUUCCAAUUAUUCAUCAUUAAAGAUUAAAGUAGCAUCGCUAUAAGAAUAGAUUAAAUUAAUUCGGGUACUUUCAUUGCAAAAAAAAAAAAUGGACAAUCGACCACCACUAGCCAAUGGACCAGAAAGACCUCAAUACCGAGAAAGACGUAAUCCCGGCAUUUUAGGUUCAGUUAUAGGAGGCGUAGCAACUGGUGUUGGUGGCAUUUUCCAAGGAGCUGGACAAAUAUUAGGAGGUACUCUCCAAGGAGUGGGCGAAUUAGUCGACACUGUAGCAGGUGCUGGCCGAAGUCCUCAUCACAAUCAACCGCAAGACCCCCCACCAGGACCACUCCCUUCCUAUGGACCACCAUCAUCCUAUGGACCACCACCAUCCUAUGGACCACCAAGUUAUGGAGGACCAGUCGCUCAUGGCGGGCCCCAGCCUUCAUAUGGAGCGCCAAAUCAUGGAGGACCUCCAGCACCCCCGCCAUAUGGAUACCCACCAUGCAACCAUUGGAGAAGUAUUGAUGGGUGCGAUUCGUGUUAUGCAUGGAAGUGGGCUUAAACAUUUUUAAAUCAUUGUUACAUUUUCUUUUUCAUUGAAUAAGUUACUCUUACUAUACUUA